AUGCCUGUCAUUAAAAAUAAUAAUAAUAAUAAUCAAGGAUAUAUGUUUUCUAAUAAUCCAGGAUAUACGUUUUCUAAUGAUCAAUAUUACAAUCGAAGUCGAAAUCAUUCCGAAAAUGUCAUUGCUUAUCUUGUCGCAAGUUAUACGGGUGAUGCUGUUAUAGCUUAUAAUCCUUAUCCAAAAUUAUAUAAAAACAUUCUUCUACUUAGUGAACGUCUUAAUGAUAGUAAUACGACAGAUUUUAUUAUUUUUCAUACUGGUUAUCCAGGUUACUACGAUUAUAUGCCACUUAUUGAAAAAACUACUCGUCUAGUUAUAUUUAUUAAUAUUGAUAAUAUAUUUUAUAAAUUCUCGCCGACCUUGAAUCCUUAUACUGAUCAACCAACAUGGACAAAACGUGGUAAAUGGAAUUAUCAGCAUAUGUGUUACUUUUGGUUUAAACAAGUAUUUGAAAUGAAAAUUAUUCAACGAUAUCGAUAUAUGAUGCGACUUGAUGAUGAUUCACAAAUUGCAGGUCAAUGGCCUAAUGUAUUUGAUAUGAUGUCUGAACGACAAGCUAUCUAUAUGGCAAAUUAUAGAACAGUUGAUUAUGAAUAUGUUCUUCCUGGUUUAACACGUGUACGUAAUCUUACCGUUAAUUAUAUAGCUAAAAAUAAAAUAAAAAUUCAAAAUCCUGCAAUGUAUGCUGAUCUUCUCAAUAAUUCACUUGAAAUACCAAAUUAUUGGAAUAAUUUUGAAAUUAUUGAAAUUUCAUUGAUGCGACGAAAUGAUGUUAUGGACUUUAUUCGUGCUGUUGAUGAAUCGAAUGGUAUAUUUCUCUAUCGAUGGGGUGAUGCAUCUCUUCGAUAUAUAACUUUAGCACUUUUUGUUAAUGAAAGUCAAAUUUUACAUCGAAUUAAACUAGACCUUGGAUAUUGUCAUCCAUGUUAA